UCAUUCUGAUCGUAGGGCAGUUACCCCUUGACAGUUUUCGCUGUCAAUGUGUUAAAUGAAUGUGAAAUUGUCAGUGCAUUAAGUGUUGUUGUUGUUGUUCGUCGACAACAGAUAGUUUCCCUCUUCUAGUCUAACCUAUCUUUUAUUUCAUCUAUAAAAAUGCCAGCAGCAGCACCAGCCGCCGAAAAUGGGGCCCCCAGGACCGAACUGCAGGAGCUGCAGCUCAAAGCACAACAAGUCACAGAUGAGUCGUUGGAGAGUACCAGGCGUAUGUUGGCGCUAUGCGAAGAGAGUACCGAUGCUGGGGCGAAGACCUUGGAGAUGCUAAACCAUCAAGGCGAGCAAUUGGACCGGAUCGAGGAUGGAAUGGACCAGAUCAACACCGAUAUGCGCGAGGCCGAGAAAAAUCUCACCGGCAUGGAGAAGUGCUGUGGUCUAUGCGUUUUGCCGUGUCAGAAGGGCUCGUCGUUUAAGGAGGACGAGGGCACGUGGAAGGGCAACGACGACGGCAAGGUGGUGAACAACCAGCCGCAGCGCAUGAUGGACGAUCGCAACGGCAUGGGCCCGCAGGGCGGAUACAUCGGGCGCAUCACAAACGACGCCCGCGAGGACGAGAUGGAAGAGAACGUCAGCCAGGUGAACACCAUGAUCGGCAAUCUGCGAAACAUGGCCAUCGACAUGGGAUCCGAGCUGGAGAACCAGAACCGGCAGGUCGAUCGCAUCAACUUGAAGGGCGAGUCGAACGCAACCAGGAUAGAGGUGGCGAACCAACGUGCUCAUGAUCUUCUCAAGUAGACACACAACACAACAAAAACACUUAAAUAUAUAUUGCAGACUUUCUUUGCAUAUCUGAUUCGUUCCCAUCACGAUUAUUUAAACUUAACAAUAAAGCUUUGUAGCCUAUAACGAUAUAAAUAUUUAAGCUUUUACCCCGCUGUGUAGACGAUUGUAUUCAUUAAAUUUAUAUAUGAGCGACAAUAAUCUGACAAAAUGAAAUUCAUUAUGAUAAAUUGACCUUUCUUGUUCUUUGGUUUCGAUCGUUCGUUCGUUUGAGUGGCCGCUGUGUGGCGUGGGCGGUGAUUUUAACGAUAGAGCGCAAGUUUGUGCGCGCCUCAAUGGGAACGGACCAGAUCUGAUGAUCGGUAGUGAAGUAUUAUGUGAUGGGGCACACUGGUUAUAUGUUUGUUGGUUAGGGUGAGAGCAACGAAACGCGUAUAGCAGUGGCGAACCAGCGUGCCAACAAACUCCUCAAGUCCUAAAACGGGGGAGCGGGGGAUACAAGUCGCCUUUUAUACUCUUCUCUCAAUUCUCGAUGUUACGGCUUAGUGGUAUCUAGUUUACUAGUUCUUAAUACUAAUAUUAUUGUAUCCUGUAUGGUAGAAAAUGCGAGUUUGUUAUUAGCCAACCUAACGGGGAACUUGCGACUAUAUAACAUUCCACACUAUUUUAAAUCAAUGGCUGACUUGCUUCCUGCUGUUGAUUGCAGAUUAGAUGAAAUCAUGUUCAGCCAGUGUCAAUUUGUCAAGCAGUUUCGUUAUUAAUUGCACACAUAUCAGUAAAUGUUGAAAGAAGGCGGACUAUUGUUCCGCACACAUUAUCGAUAUGGGUUAAUCAGUAGACGAGGCUUAUUUAUUGCAUUUUUAUUUAACGCCCUUCCUAGAUAUGUUGGCUAGUAACGGCAUAUAAAAUUAUAUUAUUUAUAUUCCAUAUUUAUUAAAAGCUCUUUUAUACAGAAGUUAACUGAUUUUAAAUCUAUUUGAGAUUUUGUAUUAUAUUACACUUAAUCGGUUAUGUGUUUUUCUGACAAAGUUAAAGUCUUAGUAAGCACAAUUUCCGCACAUAACACGAAAUAUCGGUUGAUGUUCGAUCACUGAUUCACUGUAGCGCCUUGAUUUUUCGUUAAUUUAUAAAAAAAAUGUUACUAGUUCACGCCUUGGGGUGAUGUUAUCAAUUUAAAUGAAACGGUGUUGGUGCUUUCUUUGGUCACCAUUAAAUAGCUUUAAAAUUAUUGUAAAUUGUACCAGUAUUUCGUAUUAACAUGUGAUGUGAAUUUUUCAAGUUUGGAUUGUUAUUAAACGUCUGUAUAUAAGAAUGUCUUAUAUUGUAACUGUAAAUAAUUUUAUAGUGUACUAGUAACAUAAACUACUACAUAAAAAAUUCCACUUUUCUUAAACGAUUAAGGGAAUUUUUGUUGUGCUGUUUAAAAGUGAAUUUUUUCUUGUAGUAUGAUUGUUUUGUUGAAGUUUGGCACAGUUUAUACAAUUAUUAAGGGAACGACGUAGGUUUCAAAAACCUACCGUCAUACAAGGUGUCGCAUGAAAAGGAGGGCAGAGCUGAAUAACUGUUGUACCAUUUAGAAAUAACGUCUGUAUUGUAGCUCGAUUAAUCUUGCUUUUGCAGCGGCAUCUUGUAGUAGAAUAUUUACUGUGAUUAGCCAUAUCUAAUGUUCCCCUGAUUAGUCACGAACGUUUCCUGGUUCUGACAUCUUCCAUUUCAUUAAGGGCUUAGUUUUUUAUGUACAGAUUUUAGUAAUUUACCAUUAUUUAAUUACAUAGUAAUAAGAGGAUGAAGUGAUAUUUACUUAAGAUAAGUGGGCUGUUAUAUUACGAAAUUAUCGACUUAAUUUGGUUAUAUAACUAGACAAAAACGCUGUUUUGCGUAAUAGUUAGAACAGCUUAUAGUUACUUAGAAGCCACAAUACCAAAUGGCUUUACUUUAACUGAUGGUAAUAAGUUAUUUACAAACAUGUAUUAUUCUAACAAUGUAUAGAGUAGUUAUCUCGAAUUAUAAAUAAAAUAUAUUACUGAAAACAA